CUUCUGAGGGUCCUUCCGUGAAAACCACACACACGUGUCGCUGUGCGCCGGAACCAUGGCGGACCUGCAGAUGAAGCUGCUGCGCAAGAAGAUUGAGAAGAGAAACGUGAAGAACAAGGAGCGGAAGCUGCUGAGGAAACAGACAGAAGACGACGAGGCCGUAAAUUCCAACGGGCUGCUAGACGCAUGUUCUGAAGAACCAACAACCUCCUGUGUGACGGACGAGGUGUCCAAGGAGGAGAAAGAUGGACCAGUGGACGACACCCCCACAGAGACAGCACCUACUCAGAAGAAGAAGACUAAGAAGAAACGGAAGCUCGCUGACACUCAUGAAUCACCAGCUGAGAAGAAGACCAAAGCAACAGAGGAUGAGGAAGAGGAGGAGGAGGAAGCAGCAGGUGUAAUAGAUGAGGAUGGAGAACCAGCUACUGAUGAGGUAGAGGAGGAGGAGGAGGAGAAGAAGGAUGACGGUAGUCUUGAGGGCGAUGACGGAGAGGAAGAUCAACCACAAUUACCAGCUGGUCUAACAGGGGCGUUUGAGGACACAUCGUUUGCGUCUCUUGCUGGGCUGGUGAGCGACAACACCCUGAGAGGAGUAAAGGAGAUGAGCUUUGAACACAUGACUGAGAUUCAGCAUAAAAGCAUCCGCCCCCUGCUGGAAGGAAGGGACGUGCUCGCUGCAGCGAAGACGGGCAGUGGUAAGACGUUGGCCUUCCUGAUCCCAUCGAUAGAGCUCAUCUACAAACUCAAGUUCAUGCCCAGGAAUGGCACCGGAGUGGUGGUCCUCUCGCCCACACGGGAGUUGGCCAUGCAGACCUACGGCGUGCUGAAGGAGCUCAUGACGUUUCACGUGCACACCUACGGUCUGGUGAUGGGAGGCAGCAACAGAUCAGCUGAGGCUCAGAGACUCGUCAAUGGUGUGAACCUCCUGGUGGCCACACCCGGUCGCCUGCUGGACCAUCUACAGAAUACUCCCGGCUUCAUGUACAAGAACCUCCAGUGUCUGAUCAUCGACGAGGCCGACCGCAUCCUGGAGGUCGGCUUCGAGGAGGAGCUGAAGCAGAUCAUCAAACUGCUGCCGAAGAAGAGGCAGACGAUGCUGUUCUCAGCCACUCAGACCCGGAAGGUGGAGGACCUGGCUCGCAUCUCGCUGAAGAAGGAGCCCCUGUGGGUCGGGGUGGAUGAGAACAAAGACAACGCGACGGUUGAUGGUCUGGAGCAGGGCUAUGUGGUGUGCCCGUCAGAGAAGAGAUUCCUGCUGCUCUUCACCUUCCUGAAGAAGAACCGCAAGAAGAAGCUCAUGGUCUUCUUCUCUUCUUGUAUGUCUGUGAAAUUCCACUAUGAGCUGCUCAACUACAUCGACCUGCCUGUGUUGGCGAUUCAUGGGAAGCAGAAGCAGACCAAACGUACCACCACCUUCUUCCAGUUCUGUAACGCAGACUCAGGCAUCCUGCUGUGCACAGACGUGGCCGCUCGAGGCCUGGACAUCCCCGAGGUGGACUGGAUCGUCCAGUAUGACCCCCCAGAUGACCCCACGGAGUACAUCCACAGGGUCGGCAGAACGGCUCGAGGCAUCAACGGCAGCGGCCACGCUCUCCUCAUCCUCCGGCCAGAGGAGCUCGGCUUCCUCCGCUUCCUCAAACAGGCCAAGGUCCCACUGAGCGAGUUUGAAUUUUCCUGGACUAAAAUCUCUGAUAUCCAGUCUCAGCUGGAGAAACUGAUCGAGAAGAACUACUACCUCCACAAGUCGGCGCAGGAAGCCUACAAGUCGUAUGUGAGGGCGUACGACUCCCACUCGCUCAAACAGAUCUACAGCGUCAACACGCUCAACCUGCCGAUGGUGUCGGCCUCGUUCGGAUUCAAGGUUCCACCAUACGUCGACCUGAACUCCAGCAGCAGCAGAGGUGUGAAGAUACAGAAGCGAGGAGGCGGAGGCGGGUUUGGAUAUUCAAAGUCAUGGGCCGGACAAAAAGCCAGAGUCUUCAAGCACGUCAACAAAGGAAAAGGCGACAAGAGGCAGUUCUCCCGCUGAGGCCUGUGAUGGACCGAUUCCUCCACUGUCAUUAGAACUGACCUUUUUAUUACAUGAACUUCCUGCUGGGACCAGUGAGUGGGGCACGUCUCCCAGUUCACUGCUAAACCCAGUUUCCUCCUAACUUGUGUCAGAGAAUUGAGUUUGGAAGAAAUCCUCUGUGGACUCUGCUCGACAACAAGACUCAAUAUUUUAGUUUCCUCGUUGUAUCUGACAAAUCUCUUUAUCGACUUUGAAUAUAUUUACUUUGCUUCCUUCAUUGACUUGUUAAGACUUUGUAAAUUCUAAGUACAAUAGAAUAACGUGAUAUAAACCAUGUGUCUGUAUUCGA